AGCUGCUGCAGGAUGGUGUCAACUUCACUCAAGACCUUCAACUCAACUUUUCGCCAUUGAAAACCUCUCUCAUUUUUCCCGGUGUACUUCUACCGUCUGUGACAGUGACCCAGACAUGGCUGAGGCGCCGCAGCCGCAGCCGGUCGACAUAGACCCGGACUUCGAGCCGCUGUCCCGCCCGCGGUCCUGCACCUGGCCGCUGCCCCGGCCGGAGCUCGUGGACCCGGCCAGCUCCAACACGUCGUCCCCGGCGCCGUCCGUGCAGCCGGAGCCGGGGGGAGAGUUCAUCAGCAGCCUCGGCUUGUUGGAGGAGGACUAUGAGGAGUACGCGGAGCAGAAGCCUCCGUGCACCGUAAUCAACUGUAUGCAAAUGCAUCAGCAUCACCACCACCUCCAUCAUCCUCACCAUCAUCACCAUCACCAUCACCAGCAGCAGCAGCAGCAGCAGCAUCACCUCCAGCAGCAGCAGCAGCAGCAGCUCCCGGGCCCUCAGCUGCCUCCUCAGCAGCAACAGGUGCCUCUUCCCGGGGUGUCACCCCUGGGUGGCUCCGGCCAGAGGAAGAGCAGCUCGUCCCGGCGGAACGCCUGGGGGAACAUGUCGUACGCCGACCUGAUCACCAAGGCGAUAGACAGCUCGCCCGAAAAGAGGCUGACACUGUCCCAGAUUUACGACUGGAUGGUGAAGAGCGUGCCUUACUUCAAGGAUAAAGGAGACAGCAACAGCUCCGCGGGCUGGAAGAACUCCAUCAGACACAACCUGUCCCUGCACAGCCGCUUCGUCCGCAUCCAGAACGAGGGAACGGGGAAGAGCUCCUGGUGGAUGCUGAACCCAGAGGGAGGAAAGAAUGGGAAGUCUCCUCGGCGCCGAGCUGCCUCCAUGGACAACAACAAUAAGUUUGUCAAGAGCAAAGGAAGGGCAACGAAGAAGAAGAUGGCCGUGCAGGAGGGGGCAGAGGGAGGAGCAGCCAGCCCUGGGUCCCAGUACUCCAACUGGCUGGGAAGCCCAAACUCGCACAGUAAUGACGACUUGGAGGCCUGGAGCUCCUUCAGGACGCGCACCAGCUCCGACGCCAGCACCCUGAGUGGUCGGCGUUCACCUUUCCCCUCUGAACAGGAUGAUCUGGGGGAGCCCGACGGCCACGUACUGUAUCCUGGAACUGCGGGGCCCAAGUUGACCUCCACCUUGCCUCGCCUGUCUGAAGUGGCUGGAUCCAUGGGCCAGGCUGGCUCAGAACACGUCAUGGAGAAUCUGCUGGAUAACCUAAACCUGCUGUCUCCCAAAACCACCCCACUGGGCUCAGACUCCUCACAUUCCCCCGUCAUGCUUCAGAGUGGCUCCUACAGCUCCAGCGGCUUGACCCCUCACCCCCAGGACUACCACAAGUGCCUGUAUGGGCAGGUGAGGAUGAACUCCCUGUCCCCUGUUCCCAUGCAGACACUUCCAGAGUCCAAGCCAGGCUUUGGGGCUUAUAAGACCCAGUACGUCAGCCCGGCCGGCCUCCUCAAAGAGCUGCUGACUGCAGACGCAGAGACCGGCAGGAACCUGAUGCCCUCCCGCGACGCAGCCAUGUCCGAGGUCGGGAGGGGAAGCUGCCUGCUGCCCCCGUACCGCAGCCAGGCCCAUGUGGGAGGUCACAACGGGGUGAAAAUGAUGAAUCCCUCUCAGAGUCACCCAGUUCCUCAUGUAAAUCCACAAGCUAUUCAUAGCCAGAGUCCCGCUGCCUCACGGGACUUGAAUAGCUGUAACAUGAUUCCCCUGACUAGUCUGACUAGUCUUUCAGGGGCCCCUCCUCAGAUGACCAGCCUGAGGACAUGCAUGCAGCCGCCCCGCGGACAUCCAGCACACACUAACGACGUCUACAGCUGCGGUGGCUACAGGGAACUUCACUCCGCUCACCCCCAUCCCCAUCAGGAGCGGCUGCCCAGCGACCUGGACAAUGUGUCCAUUGAGAAGUUCGAAUGCGACCUGGAGUCUGUCCUCCACGACACCCUCAUGGACGGCGGAGCGCUGGACUUUAAUUUCGACCCUGCGGCCGGCUCCCAUGGGUUUUCCCAGAGGGUCAGUACAACCACGCACAGCUGGGUGCCUGGCUAGGUGGACCGCAGGCAGGUGUUUCUCAACAUCACACCACCGUGCUGCGCUGCAAAAAGUGGAGAAAACCAACCUCGAUUCUUCACAGAGCACCAAAGUUGCUUUUAGAAACAUACACAUAGUAGCGGUUGUAAAUCUGACGUAUCAACAGAGUUGGAGAUUUACCCCACAAUGCCUUAUAGAUGUAAAAUAUUUUUGAACUGGAUCUGAUGAUGUUCUUAAUACAGUCUGGACGUCAGUAUCGGCAGAAAACAAAGAAAAACCAAGAAAACAGAAGAGCGUUCCUGGGACCUGGCAUUAGGUCCUGUGUGUAAAUACAAUGUAAACUGAAACUUUAACAGCAAUCUUGGAAAGUUGACUUGAUUGUUGGAGCAAACCCAACAGCUGCCAAAAAUAAUGUGGUUAUGUUUUCUGAUUGAUUAAAAUUCAACAGCUUCACCUGAAAAGGACUUUCAGGAUCUGCUUCUUCAUGACUCUUUAGGUUUAAGCGACAGAUAAACCAGUGUAGUGUCUGCAUGAUAAUUAAUAGUUGUAUUUAAAGACAAAACAAUAUUUCCUCUCAGUUUUGUCAUUUCAGCCAUAUACUGUUUGAAGGUAUUUAUUUAUAUUUUAGUUUCAACUGUUGCUCAUUGAUUCUUGCUUUGUGCUUGGUAUGCCUGUAAAAACGUGUGUGUGUGUGCUGAGUACGCCGUGUGUGUUGUGUUGUUGUGACCAUGCCGUUUUUCUCAGUUAACGAAGAGACAUCCACUCUGUGAAUGUUUCGAUUUGAGUCGAUGCUGAUUUAAUGCAGUAAUUAAGAGACGUAACACCUGUAAGGAGUGACUCUCCGGAGGUCGACCUGUCCGCCUCUUUGGCGUCUCAGUAAAACUGAAAACUGAAUCCAGGAUUUCAGAGAGCUCUUUCGUUUUGCCAGAUUUGUGAAAAAGGGACGAUUUGGAGACAGAAUGAAGCUAAAAGUAGAUCUGUGUGAUAACAGAGAAAUCAUAAUCAAACUAUAAAGGAUAAUGGCUUCAGAUUUCCUGCUAUUUACCUCCAAACAGCAACAAAUAUGCAUUCAACCUGCCAAACACAUUAUGAAGACAUUGUGCCAAUUCAGUGUGCCGACACCUUCUCCCAGACUCCUGAUGUUGUACAUAUUCUUUUUCUUCUUCAUUAAUAUGUUUUUGACCUCUAUGUUUCUUGUGCUGAAGCGUGAUCUUGUGUGUAUUGUUGUGUAAGACAUCAUUGUUUACAUAAUCUCAGUCUCUAUAUGAACGCGCAUACCUCAAAAUGUUUCUUACCUCUGAAGUGUUGAAGGGAUUUUUUCCAGCCAUAUUUCCUCAGUGAGCAAUGUAAAGAAGUUUUUUUUCUUUGUCAUCUCUGACAGAGGAUUUUGCACAUAUUGUUUAUUUCUUUUUUUUCGUGGUUGAUACUGAAGCCAGCCAUAUUUGGACCUGUUCGGGGGAAUGUGUUGUCUUGCUUUGGCUUUUUUUUUUCUUUCUUGGUAGUUACUAGUUUAUUUUUUCGUGACGGAAAUCAAUCUGCCACAUGAUAAAACUUAUAUUUGCAGUUAUACUGUAAAGGAGGAUGUAAAUAAGUCAUAGCAUGUAAGUACUUCUUAGAUAAUGACAUCAAUAAAUGCGCGGUCGGACAUUUUUAACAUCAUUAUCAAGAGUAAAAAAGUAGCUUGGAAUAUAUAUUUUUAUCAUUAAAAAAAAACAAUGACACAGUUAUGUGCACAUUUAAUUCAGGCAAAAUUGAAAAAGAGUCUUUUAUAUUCAUAUCCAGGUAUUUUUGAGAGGAUUCUUUUUUUCUCUGUUUCCCAUGAGAUGCAUCAAUCACCACAUGUGCACUUGAUAAAUGAAGAUCGAGAGACAGAACUCAAAUGACUGUUUCUAUCACAGCGAUAGACGUGUAAAUACAACAUUCAAACUCGAUUAAAGUAUAUUUUUGACUUUUAAUGCACCUAAAAAACAUCAAUGUGUGAUUUUGUAGAGUUAUUGGAAAAUUUCUUUUUUUUUAUGUCCUUGCAUUGUUAGACCUGAUGUUUGUGUACAUGAGAUACAAUAAAUUUAGCU